AUGUUCAAACAAUUAAUUAAACCAAGAUACUUCUCUUCCACUUCCAGAGUGUGGGGUACUAAAGUGUUCCUUACCCCCAGCAUUGACGGAGUCAAGCAAAACCCCAUCAAGAUUGAGUUGUAUGACGACGUUGUACCUAAGACAGCCGAAAACUUUAGAGCCUUAUGUACUGGCGAAAAGGGGUUCGGAUACAAGGGAUGUCCUAUCCACAGAGUGAUUCCUAACUUUAUGUUGCAAGGUGGUGACUUUGAAACCGGUAGAGGAUACGGUGGUAAGUCUAUUUAUGGAGCCAAGUUCCCAGAUGAGAACUUUUCCAAGAAGCACGAGAAGCCUGGGUUAUUAUCCAUGGCUAACUCUGGACCAAACACCAAUGGGUCUCAAUUUUUCAUUACCACUGUUCCAUGUCCAUGGUUAGAUGGAGCUCAUGUUGUUUUCGGAGAAGUGAUUGAAGGGUAUGAUGUUGUUGAAAAGAUUGAAGCCCAAGGUUCUGGUAGUGGUAAGCCCAAGGUUCAAAUUUUCAUUGAAGAAAGUGGUGAACUUUAG